GCGUUCUCGUAACCGUGAGACCAGGGAACUCUCCAGCCUUGCUGCCCAAUUACUUUCAAUGAUAGGUGCCUCACUGCCGUUAUUAGAAAACCUCGGGAGCCUGACAUACAGCCCGAACACUGCUGUCCAGGGCAAACCAGGCUUCGCUAUUUUACCGACGGGUAUCACAGGCCAGUUGGCUACUCGCCACCUGCGUUCGAGCUUGGUUUUUGCCCGCCGGCAUGCGAGUCCACCCCAGGCGCCUAUGUUUCCGCACAAUCUGGCUGAUCCUGCACCUUCGGGGCCGCCACUGCCACUUCAGAUUGAUGGCGACAGAGUCCUUUCUGAUGUAUCUUCUUCGAGUAUCGAGACGACUCGCUUCCACUCGAUUAGCCGGCCCGGCAGAGGAGAUUUUGCGUCUGGAGCGGUUGUGCAGACCAGUGGGGAGACAGAGCACAGUCAAAGGAUCGUGAGCACCAGCAUCAGCCUGUAUGAGACAAACCUAAAGGCCAGCCGACUUGCGCGCCGCGUAUUCGUAUCUGUAGCAGUCGCCCUGCUGCUUCUGCCCUCGGACUCUUUCGAAGCCUCCAGAGACAUAGCGACGGCCGAAGAGACGGUUUGUCGCGAUAUGGCCACAGCCGGACUGCCUCGGGACCAGGACCGGAGUCAUUCGGCUUUGGUUGAUUUCAUCGAGGCUGAACUGCGCCAGCUUGACGAAGCACUUGCGCACCGGCUGCGUACCAAAGUGAAUAGUGUUGUGAUUGCCUCUCAGUGGUUGGUAUCUGCUCUGCAUACCUCCGGUCAGCCGACGCUUUGUCCCACGCCCUCGGCCUCCCUCUCCGGCGGUACUGUCAGGACCAUCACCGCUAAAUUCAAUGAUCAAGACAGUUUUUUCACUGCCAGUCUGUUGGCAAACGGCUCCUCUUCUCAAUCGCCCCAGUGCAUUGACCUGAUCGGAGCCUGCCCUCCUCCGCGGCCACCUCCGCGUGGCUACACGUCGGUCUCUUCUAUUCACCGUCCUCCCCAGGAGCACCCGGCGCCCGGCUCCGGUGAACCUACAGUCGGACGACGGAUUUCGCCACCGGUUCCUCCGCUUCCGCCUCCACGACGUCCCGCUCUUCUGGGACAACUGGCCACAGCCACCGCGGCACAGCCGCUUCAUGCAGACUCCUGUCCUGCUCGCAGUUCGCCCGACACCCGGACCUCUCGAAGUUGCCAACGGGCUGACCGUCCGGAAGACACGCCUCUACUAACCGAUCGCACAAUCACGAUGCGAGCUAUUCAGGCUCCUCUUGAAAGCGACGAAAAAGGGCAACUGGACUCGUUCGCCAAGGCUAACCCGGCCUCUUCCGAUGCUCCUCUUCCAGUCAUGGCCUGCCACUCGGCCCCUGGUCUUGGCCUGCAGACCAACUGUUUUGUACGCAUUGCUCUCGAGCCAGCCUACGAUCACGUUGCUCUUUCGGAGCAUGGACCAUACGCUAGCGAGAGCGAGACAGAGGGGGAAGAAGAAGAGGAAGAGGAAGAGGAAGAGGAAGAUGAGGAAGAGGAAGAGGAAGAGGAAGAGGAAGAGGAAGAGGAAGAGGUGGAGAAAGAGGAAAUAAAAAUGGAUGAAGGCAGCAACUGGAGCUCUGGAGAGAGGAGAAGAAUAGCCGGAGAAGGGUUCGAAGUGGAAGCGCAGCCUGGCCGUACCCUCAAAAUGGCUGCCAAUCAAGCGGCCACAGUCGUCGCACACACCCUCGAUCCUCCUUACAGUGAGGUCACGGACCACCCCGCGGCGGCGUACCUGCGUCGUGUGCUCCAACGCGGCUCCGCCUGCGCCCCGUUGGCUGAGGCCGACGAUCCGCCGCUCCGGAUCCCGGGCCUCGACUGCUCUCUCGAACGGUUGAAGCGCGAGGGCCGGCUUCCGUCGUCCGACGAGUACCGCGAGGGCACUGACUGGCUGGCCGGGCCGGUGUUGGGCCGAGGCGCGUUUGCCAACUGCCUACAGGCCCGGGACACACGAACGGGCAGCUUGAUGGCCGUGAAGCGGAUCCGCCUGGGUCACGGCUCCAUCGAGUCGGUACCCCCGCCAUCUUUGCCGCACUCACAUCAGCAGCACUUUGGCGGGGCCGCCCAGCCAAGAAGUAAGCACAAGCUUAUGCGUGUAAGGAAAGAGCUGCCUCCGAACACACUUCCGUGA